AUGGGACAGAUCCAGUGGAAGCUGCCGGUGGUCGCCUCUUUGGAGGCGUCGAGGACUACCGCAUCCUCGAUUGUCUAUUCUUUUGAUCUCUGUUCACGCAGCAGAACUGGUAGGGGGACAUCCUCAACUGCGACGAGGAGAACAGCAAGAUCGAACGCAAGGUUCUUGAUCCACACUUUUCGCCACAACCUGGAGUGGAGGUUGGUUGAAAACAUGACUGUUUGUGGUUCCAUUGCAGAGAAACAGGCACAAAUUUUUACAGAGGAGUGCAAGCCUUUUCCUGAAGAUGUCCAAAUACAAUCAAUUUACCCCUGUGCAAGUGCAUCCAAUUUGAUGCUUUUGUCUUACAAGGUGCAGAUUUCUAGCAACCAUAUAAUUACGAAAUGGUCUGAUAUAGCAGAACUAGAGUUGAAGCUCUCUUGA